AUGUGGUCUACAACACCACUAACUGAAUCUGCUACUACAACUGAAACACCAACUACAACCACAAAGUCUUCAACACCACCAACUGAAUCUACUACUACAAAUGAAACACCAACUACAACCACAAGGUCUACAACCCCAUCAACUACUCCUACUACUACAACCACAAGGUCUACAACACCACCAACUGAACCUACUACUACAACUGAAACGCCAACUACAACCACAAGGUCUACAACACCACCAACUGAACCUACUACUACAACUGAAACGCCAACUACAACCACAAGGUCUACAACACCACCAACUGAACCUACUACUACAACUGAAACGCCAACUACAACCACAAGGUCUACAACACCUCCAACCGAAUCUACUACUACAACUGAAGAGACAACUACAACCACAAGGUCUACAACAACAUUAACUGAAUCUACUAUUACUACUCACCACCCACCGCCCACUUGCCCUGACUGGGGUAAAGUGCAAAAUGAAACAUUUCAUCUGGACAAUUGCAAAUUCGCAAAAUGUAUUAAGAACAAUACAAUUGAAACAUUUCGCCUUGAAUGCCCUACCAUUGAGGAAAUCAGUUGUGCCAAUGGAAAGAAACCAGUUCUUGUGUAUGAUGAGUACCACUGCUGCCAACAUUACGUUUGUGAAUGUGUAUGUUAUGGCUGGGGAGAUCCCCAUUACAUCACAUUUGAUGGACUCCAAUACGCUUAUCAAGGGAACUGUACCUAUGUCUUGAUGGAAGAGAUUUUACCAAAAUAUAACUUGACGAUUUAUAUUGACAACGUCUACUGUGAUAUCGAUGAAGAUGUUUCUUGUCCUCGAUCUAUAAAUGUACACUAUAAAUCGCAAGCUUUCAAACUGAAGAAUCAUGACGUCAUUGGACGAGCAAAGUUGGAGGUAUUCAAAGAUGGAGAGAGUUUGACACUACCUUAUUCACAACAAGCUGUUAAGAUCUUGAGUACUGGCCUUAAAAUGAUUUUGGAGAUCCCUCACCUAAAAGUGGUGAUUACUUUUGGAAUAAGUGGCUUCAGUGUCACCCUUCCCUUUGAACACUUUGGCAAAAACACAUGGGGCCAUUGUGGAACAUGCAACAACAACCAGACUGAUGAUUGCAUGUUGCCUGAUGGCAAACUGGCGCAAAGUUGUCCUGUGAUGGCUGACUUCUGGCCUGUAGGAGACUGCCAACCUGUCAAUGUAACUGUAACUCCAACAUGCAAGCCAGGCCCUGUAUGUAAUCUUCUUCAAAGCAGUGUCUUCGCAGAAUGCCAUCCCUUUGUGGCUCCUGACAAAUUCUACCAAGCUUGUGUUUUUGAUAGUUGCCGAGUUUCCAACCGGACAGUAGAGUGCACAAGUUUGCAGACUUAUGCUGCUGCCUGUGUUGAGGCAGGAGUUUGUGUUAACUGGAGGAACUACACCACAGAGUGUGUCAGUGACUGCCCAUCAAAAAAAAUGUACAAGCCAUGUGGUCCUGCAGAACAGCCAACCUGUGAAGACAAUCCUUACGAACUCACCAUGAACUUCACUACUGAGGGUUGCUUUUGUCCUGAGGGAAUGAAACUCUUUACCAAAGAGUCUGACAUAUGUGUUAAAACGUGUGGAUGUCUUGAUCCUGAUGGCGUUCCUCGUGAGUUCAAUGAAAAAUUUGAGUACAACUGCCAACACUGCGUCUGUGAGGAGUCCACCAAGAGUGUGUCUUGCGAACCGAAGGUGUGCCCGCCACCAACCGUGACAAACUGCGUUGGUCUAGGAUUUGUCCUUGUAAACCAAACAGAUCCAGCAAACUGCUGCUGUUCUACCCUUGUUUGCCAAUGUGACUCCAAGACAUGCCCAGAAACCUACAUGAAAUGUCCGACUGGAAAAAUACCAAUUGUCAGUACUCCUGAGGGGAAAUGCUGUCCAGAACAUACAUGUGAGCCUAAAAGAGUUUGUGUCCACGAUGACACUGAAUACCAGCUUGGUUCUUCAGUACCUGGGAAUAGGUGUGAGAACUGCACCUGUACCACAAGCAUGGACCCCAGGUCUGAACUAUUCAAAGUACUUUGUGAGUUGCAGCAAUGUGAAACUGAUUGUGAAAAGGGAUAUCAAUAUGUGAAAACUGAUAAAGACGAAUGCUGUGGGAAGUGUGUACAGACACACUGUGUCCUCAGUGUUAAUGGUACCAAGGAGCUCUUGGAGAGAGGACAUACCUGGUCACCACCUGAGAAUAAGUGUGAAAAGUACACCUGUGUUAAUAUCAGUGGGACCCUCACUGUCAGAGUUUCAAACGUUGUCUGCCCGCUAUUCCAGGAGAGCAACUGCCAGCCUAACACAAUUCAGAGCAGGGCAAAUGGCUGUUGUAAAAUUUGUGUGGAGAAGGAGAAGGCAUGUAAGUUAGAAUACAUGAAAACCUUUGUUACGCUCAAGGAUUGUAAGUCUGACCUGGAGGUCGAUAUGCCAUACUGUGAAGGAUCCUGCAACACUUUCACCAAGUACUCAGCUGCCAUGGCUACUAUGCAGCAUUCUUGCUCCUGCUGUAAGGAGAUGCGCUCCAGCAAUCGCACUGUUGACUUGCGUUGCUUGAAUGGAGAUUUGAUUACCUACACUUACAUGCACGUGGAGGAGUGUGGCUGUGGUCACACAGAAUGCACCAGAGCGGCUGAACAACCUGCUCUCAGGAAGCCAAGAUUCACCCUGGUGUGAUAAAAAAUACGUAAUCAGAUUAAUGGAUUUGGGAUGUAAAGGUUUUUUCCCAUAUUGUCUUAUCAAUCAUUACAUCUCUCACAAACUAAUUGUCAUUGUAGAGAGACUAUAUAUCAGUUGAUUAAAAAGAUGCAACUCUG